UGUCGUCGUGUGGCUCGUGCCGGCGUAAGCGGGCGAUGCGCAUGCGAUACGCGCAGGAAUGUGCGCUGCGUGUUGUGCCGCUUUAUGCUAUUGUUCGCUCUUCCUCUUAGAUUCAGCAGACUUCUCCCGGUUCUUUUCGGAAUAUGGCGGAUGCCGAGCUGACGAGGGCUUUAAAAGAUCUACCGAAUCGAAUACAAAUUGCCAGCAAGACCGAGCGGCGGGACGUAAUUCGGAAUGUCGUCGAUGUGUUGUCAAAUCCUGGAAUCAAUGAGAAGAUCGUGGCUGGCAUUUGCAAGAGCAUAUCGAUCACCUUGCAUCGAUAUAACGACACUGCUUCUCAGUCCUACGUGACGAGUCUGAUCCUGGCACUGAUAAAGAACCAUCCCCAAGCCACCGUAAAGCAUUUAACCAGCGUGGUUGUGGAACAGGCUGCUUGUCACAGGAAUUUAAUGCCAACGUACAAUACCGCCUCGUCCGCUUACGUUGUGCUAAAAUGGAGUUCCUUAAUUUUUCUACACGCGGCUAACGAACUUACCAGCUCCGGUGGCGCGGAGCUGGCCAAUUUAAUAGAGGCCCAAGCAACUUUGUGCGCCGCUGCGUUAGCCGCCAGAAAUAAGAAGCUGCAGAAUAAAACUGGCUCGCUCUUGACUUACGAAUGGAAUGCCGUUAAGAAUAAUAUCGAUGAGAAGUAUGUAGAUAUUUUAAUUACUUUGGAAGCCAGCGAAGGUGUCGUUGCGCUUGCUGGCGUAUUAACGACUUACCUCACAACGUCAAACAAAAUUGAUCUUAUAGUAAAACUGAAAGCCAAUAUUUUAACUUCUUUUAUCAAGGUUUGCGUAAGUUGCAAAAAGAAGCCAGAUCUCUAUAUUAUAGACGCGGCAGUCCCAUUUUUGAAAAGAGUUACUCACGAUGAUUUCAGAAAUCAAUUAUUACCUGCUUUGCAAAAGGCUAUGCUGAGGAAUCCAGAAAUUAUAAUCGAUACCGUCGGCCACAUUCUCAGUGGCCUUAGUCUUGAUUUAAGCGACUACUGCCAAGACAUCGGUAACGGAUUGUUCACAAAUUUAUAUUCAAAAGAUGAUUUGGUUAGAGACGAAGCUGCGGAUGCCUGUAGAAGGCUGUCGCUUCAGUGCUCCGACAGCUCCAUGGUAGAAUGCUUACUGUCUUCGAUAUUUUCAGUAUUUCAUGGCGCCAAAGGCAAAUUAACAGUGGCCACUCACAAAAUCUCAGUCUUACAAGGUGCUGGCAAUUUAAGCUUUAAUAUCGCCAGUGGAAGUAGUAUACAAAAAUUGGCAGAGAUCGCUUGCGGCCACUUUAUUACAGUUUUCAAAACGGAAAUUCACGAGAAGACACUAUGCCACGCACUGGAAAUGAUGUCACUUUGGUGUCAAAAGUUUUCCAGCGACGUGCCUCAAAACAUCAUCGAUGCUUUUAAACAAGGAAUGGCUUCUAAGAAUUUGACACCAGCGGUGCGAAGCGCCUAUCUCAGAUUGCUCUUUUCCAUACCGACUCAGCUAAUAAUCCAUCACAAGGGAAUCAUAGUCCCAAUCCUAGCACAAUCCAUAACAAAAUCCACGCAACAGUGUGCUCAGCCUGCUGUAGUGACGGAAAGUUUAUACGCUGCUUAUUUGCUUCUGAAUUUAGUUCUGACCGAUCAAGUGGAAAACGACAAACAAGCAAUCUUAUGGUCCGCUGUUGAUAAUCAAAUCUUCUUUAACGAAAAGUUCUUAUCAACUUGCAACGACGAUACAAUUUAUUAUCUCAUGUUGUUUUGCGAGAAGCUCAUUUCGAACUUUUCCAACAAACUAAACGAGAAGAGUUUGAGUGGAAUCCAUCGGGCGAUUAUAGUUUGUAUAACAACGCCAAAGUUUGCUACAAGAAAUAAGUGCUGCGCGUUGGUGAAAAAAUUUCUCACCGGACUUAAAUCUUACGAGCCACUACGGUCUCUCCUCAUUGAAUUUAACAAGUUUCUCGAAUCGACAAAAUUCCGAUCCGAAAAUGACAAAGACAAUAUCAAGGAUGACAUUAAUGCAGAGAAAUUAGUUUGCGGCAUUUCACUCGCCGAUGGUCUUUUGGCAAUCUGCUCCAGUUCGUUUGUAUUCAAGGAACUCGAGCAGGAUGUAAUCAAGGACUCGAUAAUCCCAGCCCAUCACCCGGUCAUUUUCAAAGCAGUGCCAAAUUUAUGGAGAAAAAUCGUGAAACAUUAUAACGAUACGCCAGUGAACUUUUUACGAAAGUGUAGUGGUGAAGUGAGAAAGAUGUUCAUUCAAAGUUACAAAAAUGUGGCGAGUUAUCAUAACGCGCUUAAUAUUGUUGCUUCUAUAGCUCCUGACGUCAUUAUUCCACCACUGAUAUCACACGUUACUAAUAAAUUCGGCAAUCCCGAAAUCACAAAGGUAACCAAGGACGAGUACUUUACGUAUUUAAUGCCCGAAGGCGAGCUCUAUGAUAAAAGUGUUCUUCCGGGCAACGAUGAAAAUAACAUUCUCAAUGCCAUGAAUAUGAAGAGAGAGAGCAAAGUGUAUACGUUUAAGGAGCAACAGGAAGAGCUACAGCUGAGAAGAGAAUUGUACGAGAAGCAUAAAAAGGAGGGGAAAAUAAAGGAGCCGAAACUCACUCCUAAACAAGAAGAGACCCUGAAGGCGCAAGUAGCCAAGGAGAAUACGAUAAGACAGAGACUUAGCGAAAUGAAUGCAAAUAUAUGUAAUGUCGUGUCGAUGAUCACUGCGGUUGUCCAAGGAAAUGGCUUUCAUUUAUCAUUGCACUUUAAAGAUCUAUUGCCUGCGAUAUUAGGAAACUUGUCAUCGCCACUUGCUGCUCCAAUUAUGAGCCAACUAUUUGUCAAGCUCUGUGACAUUGUCGUCCAAUCUAACGAUCCAACUCUGUUUCAGCUUAUUGCUCAUGUUACGCUACGACAAUUUGAUCCUCAGUGUGAUUUAGAUCCGGCUUGGGAAGACGAAGAGCUUGCAAGCGCGAUUAAACGCACGCUAAAUCUCAUUCAUACGAUGACUGGAAAGAAAAAGCAAUUAUUCUGUGCUCCGGCAUUCUGUUACAUUUUUUAUUUCAUUAAGAAGACUCUGCUAACCUGCAAUGAUGACGCCAUGAUAACUAAGGGCCUGCAAAUAAUGCAAGACCAUGCCAAGCAACGCGGCGACUCGAACAACUCGGAGGACUCUCGACACCCACGACACCUGCCCCGCAAGCAGAUGCUCGACCUGCUGAUCGAGCUGAUGAGCAGCACGAAUGGCCGUGUACAGACCCAAUCGGUCACCACCUUCCUGGACGUCGCUCACUCGAGCAGCGGCACCGAAGGCGCCGCUUUAGCGAACUCCGAGGAAAUAGACUCGCUUAUCGGCGCUCUACAGAGUUCAAUGAACACGGUGCGGGAGGCGGCACUUUGGGCCCUCAUGAUUAUUCGAGACGCCUUCCCUACGAAUAAAGAGAAUUCCGAGCAGCUCGUCAACUUAACUAGAAGGAUCUGGAUAGCCAGAUUCGAUGACAGUGAGGAGAACAAAAAACUCGCCGAUGAACUCUGGACCAAAGCUGAUCUCGAAGCCAACCCGGACAUUCUCAGCGAUCUGCUGGUCGAGGACAUUGGUCACCCGGUGGAUUCGGUGCAGCAGGCGGCAGCCCGCGCCCUCGCGCAUACCCUCGCGGAAAAGCCGCGGCUCGUGCCCGCUAUUCUCGAUCGCCUCCUCGUCGUCUACCAGGCGAAGCUCGCCAUGAUUCCGCCGAAGCUCAACGACUUUGGCCGCAUAAUCGAGGAGCCGAUCGAUAUCUGGGAGCCCCGUCGUGGUGUCGCACUCGCUUUCACCCAAUUCGCAGUCCUCCUCACCCCCGAAACCAUACACACUCUUAUACAAUUCUUCGUCUCGACGGGUCUUGGCGAUCGCAAUCAAAUGGUACGCAACGAGAUGUUCAUGGCGGCGGUCGCCGCCGUCGAUCUCCACGGCAAGGAUAACAUAGCGUCGCUGUUGCCCGUAUUCGAGGAUUUUAUGGAUAAGGCUCCCAAGAUCGAAAGCUUCGACUCCNGUAAGCAUAGCGUCGUGAUCCUCAUGGGCUCGUUAGCCCGGCAUCUAGAUAAGGACGAUCCCCGAAUUAAACCGAUCGUUCGACGAUUGAUCGCUGCUCUAUCGACUCCUUCCCAACAGGUGCAAGAGGCCGUGGCCAAUUGUCUGCCGCACCUAGUGCCAUCGAUCAAGGAGGACGCUCCCAAGAUCGUCCAGAAGCUCAUGCACCAGUUGCUCAACUCGGAUAAAUAUGGCGAGCGGAAAGGGGCAGCUUAUGGCUUGGCCGGCCUCUUCAAGGGCAUGGGAAUAUUGGCGUUGAAGCAGCUCGACAUCAUGACAACACUGACUAACGCCAUCCAGGACAAAAAGAAUUAUCGACACAGGGAAGGUGCGCUGUUCGCCUUCGAGAUGCUCUGCACGAUGCUCGGCAGACUCUUCGAGCCCUACAUCGUCCACGUGCUGCCGCAUCUGCUGCUUUGCUUUGGUGACUCGAGCCAGUAUGUCAGGGCGGCAACGGACGACACUGCUCGAGUGGUAAUGAGCAAGCUAUCGGCUCACGGUGUCAAGCUCGUCCUUCCCAGUCUUCUAGCUGCUCUCGAGGAGGAUUCUUGGAGGACAAAGACAGGUUCCGUGGAGCUUCUUGGUGCAAUGGCAUUCUGCGCACCCAAACAGUUAUCCAGCUGUCUGCCAAGUAUCGUCCCAAAGCUCAUCGAAGUCCUUAGCGAUUCCCAUACCAAAGUCCAACAGGCUGGUGCGGAGGCCUUGAAGGUCAUUGGUAGCGUUAUCCGUAAUCCCGAGAUACAAGCCAUCGUGCCAGUACUGCUGAAGGCUUUGCAAGAUCCAGCGAAAAAGACAGCCAUGUGCCUACAGACUCUUCUCGAUACUCAGUUUGUGCACUUUAUAGAUGCGCCGUCGCUCGCUUUGAUCAUGCCGGUUGUGCAGCGUGCUUUUAUGGACAGAUCGACGGAGACGAGAAAGAUGGCUGCUCAGAUAAUCGGGAACAUGUACUCGUUAACAGAUCAGAAAGAUUUGACGCCGUAUUUACCAACGAUCAUUCCAGGAUUGAAGACGAGUUUACUCGAUCCAGUGCCCGAGGUGCGCAGCGUCUCGGCACGCGCCCUCGGUGCGAUGGUUCGUGGCAUGGGCGAGUCGAGCUUCGAGGACCUUCUACCUUGGCUCAUGAUGACGCUCACCUCCGAGACGAGCAGCGUCGAUCGCUCGGGUGCAGCUCAAGGCCUCUCCGAGGUCGUACGCGGCCUCGGCGUCGAAAAACUCCACAAACUUAUGCCGGAAAUUAUAAGCACGGCCGAACGCACGGACAUCGCACCCCACGUCAAAGAUGGCUACAUCAUGAUGUUUAUUUACAUGCCGAGCGCGUUCACGACGGAAUUCACCCCGUACAUCGGCCUCAUCAUAAAUCCGAUCUUGAAGGCCCUGGCAGACGAGAACGAGUAUGUGAGAGAGACGGCCCUCAGGGCCGGACAACGAAUCGUUACCUUAUACGCCGACUCGGCGAUUAUGCUGCUGUUGCCUGAGCUCGAAAGGGGAUUGUUCGACGACAACUGGCGUAUAAGGUAUUCAUCGGUGCAGCUGCUCGGCGACCUCCUAUACAGAAUAUCCGGCGUAUCGGGCAAAAUGUCGACGGAAACGGCGAGCGAGGACGACAAUUUCGGAACGGAGCAGUCGCAUUACGCGAUAAUCAAGGCUCUCGGAGCGGAGAGGCGCAAUCGGGUGCUCGCCGGUCUCUACAUGGGCAGAUCCGACGUGGCUCUGAUGGUGCGCCAGGCGGCGCUGCACGUUUGGAAAGUCGUGGUGACGAAUACACCCCGUACCCUGCGUGAAAUUCUCCCAACCUUGUUCUGCCUCUUACUGGGAUGCCUGGCGAGCACGAGCUUCGAUAAGAGGCAAGUGGCCGCCCGCACUCUCGGCGACCUCGUGCGCAAGCUCGGCGAGCGAGUGCUCCCGGAGAUAAUACCGAUUCUCGAGCGUGGACUGCAAAGCGAGCAAUCCGAUCAGAGACAGGGCGUCUGCAUCGGUCUGUCGGAGAUUAUGGCGAGCACGAGCAGGGACAUGGUUUUGUCGUUCGUUAACAGUCUCGUACCGACCGUGAGGAAAGCCCUUUGCGAUCCAUUACCAGAAGUACGCCAAGCUGCAGCAAAGACCUUCGAUAGCUUACAUUCGACCGUAGGAGUUCGCGCACUCGAUGACAUCCUUCCGGCCAUGUUAACCCAGCUUAACUCACCGAACCAAGCCGAGGCUGAAAACACGUUGGAUGGACUGCGCCAAGUCAUGGCAAUUAAAUCUCGAGUUGUCCUUCCUUAUCUCGUACCUCAACUCACUAGUCCACCUGUCAAUACAAAGGCCUUAUCCAUACUGGCGAGCGUAGCUGGCGAAGCCCUCACGAGAUUUUUGCACAAAAUUUUGCCAGCCUUGCUCACCGCCCUAUCGAGCGCCCAAGGUACCUCCGAGGAGAUGCAAGAGCUCGAAUACUGUCAGGCUGUCGUGUUAUCGGUCGCCGACGAGAUCGGCGUAAGAACAAUUAUGGACCAGCUAAUGGAGGCAACGCGGUCCGAUGAUUCAAGCCGUAGAAGAAGCGCCGCGACACUUUUGUGCGCAUUUUGCAGGGACACCAGGGCCGAUUAUAGCCAAUACGUACCGCAACUUUUACGCGGACUCAUCCAUCUUUUUACCGACGAUGAUAAAGACGUGCUGCAGAUGAGUUGGGAGGCCUUGACAGCUGUGACUAAGACUCUCGGGUCGGAUCAACAAAUAGCACACGUUCAAGAUAUUCGACAAGCCGUUCGAUUCGCCGUUUCCGAUCUGAAAGGGCAGGAUCUUCUGCCCGGCUUCUGUCUACCCAAGGGUAUCACCCCAAUAUUACCAAUUUUUCGUGAGGCCAUUCUGAACGGCAUGCCGGAAGCUAAGGAACAAGCUGCCCAAGGUCUCGGGGAGGUGAUUCGUCUGACGAGCGCCUCAGCCCUUCAACCAAGCGUCGUCCACAUAACCGGACCGCUUAUUCGCAUUCUCGGUGACCGUUUCAAUUGGAGUGUUAAAGCGGCUGUUCUCGAGACUUUAGCUAUUCUGCUCGGCAAGGUUGGAGUGAUGCUGAAGCAGUUUUUACCUCAGCUUCAAACGACGUUUUUAAAGGCGUUGAACGAUAGUAAUAGACAGGUCAGGCUUAAGGCUGCUUACGCCUUAAGUAAUCUUAUUGUCAUUCAUACACGCGCGGAUCCACUAUUCGCUGAACUUCAUACCGGAAUUAAAAAUUCCGACGACCCAUCAAUUAGGGAAACUAUGCUGCACGCUUUACGAGGAAUUAUAACGCCGGCUGGUGAUAAAAUGUCCGAACCCAUAAGGAAACAAGUAUUUAUAACUUUAAGUGAAAUGCUUGGGGUGCAAGAAGACGUGACGAGAAAUGCCGUGGCAGGUUGUUACGGUGCUCUGAUAAAAUAUCUCAGUCCCGAGCAGCUCAAUACAGCGUUCAAUAAUAAUCUUUUGUGUAAUAAUGUUAACGAUGAUUGGAUGUUGAGACACGGCCGAUCAGCAGCUUUAUUUGUUGUUUUGAAAGAAGCUCCCGAUAUCGUGUACAACAAUAAAGAAAAGGAUCGUGUUUGCAAAGUAAUACUGUCUUACUUAUCCGCAGACCGAACUCAAAUAGCGAUGAACGGUGUGCGCGCUUGUGGUUAUCUAUUACAAUACCUAAUGAAUCAUAACCAGCCGAUACCACAGAUUAUCCUCACACCUUUUGUCAGGUCGAUGAAUAAUAAUAGCAAUGAUGUUAAACAAUUACUUGCUAGAGUGUGUAUUCACCUUGCAAGGAAUGUAAAUUCAGAACACAUGUCGCCAGAAUUAUUAAAAUCGUUAUUACCAAUGUUGGUUAAUGGAACAAAGGAGAAAAAUGGUUAUGUUAAGGCAAAUAGUGAAUUAGCUUUAAUAGCUGUUUUGCGUCUUAGAGUUGGCGAUGAAGAGCAUCAGCGGUGCGUGAACUUGUUGGAUAUUGGUGCGAGAGAAUCUCUGUCUGAUGUAGUUAGUAAAGUAUUACGCAAAGUUAUAUCCCAACCAGAAGGCAAAAUCGAGGAGUUAGAUGAUACAUUACUUACGUGAGAAACUAUGUAUUAUUCAGACUACAUUUUCGAGAACUUUCAUAUCUGCUUUAGUCAAGUAGUUUUCAACAAAUUUCAUCGUUGGAAGUAUUGCUCGCGAUCGAUGUACAAUAAUGAUCGUGAUGCAAGGCAUCGUUACAAUGACUAUGACGACAAUAUUAAAUAUUCUAUAGUGAAACUACUUUUUAGAGAAAAUACGAGAUGAAAAUUUAUUGAAAUUCGUAUAAGGUAUAAGCUAAAUAUUUGGCAAUUUUUUAAUUUUACAAAUCAGCGCAAUAUCCCUUCUUCAUUCUAAAGAUU